GAAUUCUCCUGCCUCAGCCUCCUGAGUAGCUGGGAUUACAGGUGUGCGCCACCACACCUGGCUAAUUUUUGUAUUUUUUAGUAGAGAUGGGGGUUUCACCGUGUUGGCCAGGCUGAUCUCGAACCCCUGACCUCAAGUGAUAGGGCUCCCAAAGUACUGGGAUUAUAGAUGUGAGCCACUGCCACUGCCCGGCCUAAUGUUUAUUUAUUUAUUUAUUUAUUUAUUUAUUUUUGAGAUGGAGUCUCACUCUGUCGCCAAGGCUGGAGUGCAGUGGCUCGAUCUUGGCUCACUGCAAGCUCCACCUUCCGGGUUCACGCCAUUCUCCUGCCUCAGCCUCCCGAGUAGCUGGGACUACAGGCGCCCACCACCACACCUGGCUAAUUUUUUGUAUUUUUAGUAGAGACGGGGUUUCACCGUGUUAGCCAGGAUGGUCUCAAUCUCCUGACUUCGUGAUCUGCCUGCCUCGGCCUCCCAAAGUGCUGGGAUUACAGGCGUGAGCCACCGUGCCCGGCCCCCUAAUUUUUUAAUUUUUAGUAGAGACAAGGUUUCACCGUGUUGGCCAGUCUGGUCUCAAACUUCUGACCUCAAGUGAUCCGCCCUCCUCGGCCUCCCAAAGUGCUGGAAUUACAGGCAUGAACCACUAUGGCCAGGAAAGCUUUUCCUGACACAUUCCCCACCACAGUCAUCACAAAUUUUAGUUCAUCAUUUGAGUAAAUUUACUAUCUGCCUCCAUCACCAGGCUGGGGCUUCUCAGGGGCAAGGCUUAAAGCCUAUCUCAGUCACUGCUAUGUCCCCAGCAUUGCCCCGCAUGGAAGAGGGGUUGAAUAUUUGAAUAACUGUCCAGCUUAAAAACAACUUCCAUUUGUGGCACUUAUUUUCUGUGCCAGGCACCAAGCUAAGCAUUUAUAUGCAUGUUUGCAUUCAAUCUGAAGGUACCCAAAUAAAAGGAGACUGGAGGUGGUCUCCAUUUUUUCCAAGAAGUUUAGAAACUGGCCCAAGGCCACAGCUGGUCAGAGGCCAAUCCAGUCCACCUGAAGGCUGAAUCUGGCCAGAAGCCUUAACUCCCAUUAGUGUUUCGUAAAUAAUAGCCCAAAGGCAACUUUAAGUGACAUAUUAAUGUCCUCUUGAAUGAGUCGAUAGUUUUCACUAAUUUUUUUUAAGGUAACCAGAGUACAUGAAACCCAUGAUUGUGAACGUAUUACCUAGGAUGAGGCAAAAAUAGAUAAAUCUUUUUAUUUUUAUUUAUUUUUUUGAGACAGGAUCUUGCUCUGUUGCCCAGGCUGGAGUGCAGUGACGCAAUCAUGGUUCACUGUAGCCUGUUAUCUCCAGGCUCAAGCAAUCCUCCCACUUCAGCCUGAUAAAUCUUUUUUUUAAGGGAGAAAAGUGUUCAAAUACAGGUAGUAGACAAAAUUGUGAAACCAUUUUAAAAUUGUGAGGUCUGGGUAACAGAAUCAGAGCUGCUGCGGUUCCAGUGGGACGGGAGGAGAAGGGACAAGCAGCCCCUCACUAGACAAAACCAGGGCCAACUGGUACGUCAUUCAAAUAUUUUUGAGCACCUAACACGGACCCAGGCCUAGAGAAAGGGGCUGUUGUGGGUUGGAACCUGGAGACCCGCCUCCGCCCUUCCCCAAAGACAGCCUAGUCCAGUUCCCAAUGCCUGGGAAAGAAGAAGGGUCCUCACAGCCUGACUGGGCCUUCCAGGUAGUGAGCGCUCAAGGUUGGGGAAAGGUUGGUCUGGUGUUUGUCCUUCCCCAGCAACUCCCUCCUCUUGCCCGUCACUUCUUAACCCCUUACUCUUCCCUCAAACUGGGGAGCAACAGAGGAUAAGGGUCCCCAAAACGCCACGCUCCGAAUGCACGUAAAGAGCCCCCAGAAAAGUGGGGGGGGCAGGGGGUAGCCGGGAAAGUAGCGUGAAUCUGGAAGGCCUCCCCAAACCUCCCAGAGGGCGGAAGUGCGUCACUAUGUCCGACCCGCAGUGCAUUUUGGGAAUUGUAGUGAAGCGGGUGGGGGACGCCGAGCCCCCGAUGGUGUAACCCUUUAGAGACCAGAGCGCGCGGGCAGAGCUGGGACAGGGUUAGAGGGCGGCCAGUCGCCCCACUCUUUUAGCAGAGAAACAACUGAGACAAGGCUCUGGCUCGGAAGCCCUUAGUCCUCUCCCUUCUCUGGCUGUGGCAGGCCCCAGAAGCAUAUAUCUAGGAUUCCGGGGGGAGGACGAAGUGCCAAGUGGCCACCCCCACCCCCACCUAGUUGCCAGCUUCCCGUCCCUGCUCUGAAGCCAAUCAGGGCUUCUCCGCCCCGCCCCAGAAGCUGCUACUUUCCUAAUCCGUCAUUGGCCCACCUUUGCUGGGCGGGGAAACUGAGGUUCAGAGAGGGCAAGACAUUUUGCCUAAAGCUGCACAGCAAAUCCGAGCAGAAGUUGGAAGCCCGGAAGCCUGUCCACCCACCCCCACAAUUUCUGAAUCCGGAGUAGCUCUGAUCAUUCGUAUUGCAUCCUCGCCUCCCACCUUUGUGUCCCAGCAUCUUGCGGCGCGCUGAACUCCGGCCCCACGGAGAGGGUUGUAAGGUUUGCGCGGGGAGAGGCGACAACCCCCCAGCCCGCGUCUGCCCGCCGUUCCCUUUAAGAGCCGGCCCCGGCGGGACUACGUUUCCCAGAAGGCUUUGCAGGCGUGUUAUGUAACUUUCCCUGCGAAGCGGCCUCUGGGGCAGAAGAAGGAGGUGGAGGCGGCGGCGGCCGUUGCAGCGGCGGCGGCGAGAGCGGCGGGAGCCCGAGGCGGCGGCGCUCGCGGCCCAUCGUGGGGCCCGAGCUGUGCGCCUCGGCUCGGAGCCCGGACCGGGCGGGGGCGCCGACGUGCCUCAGCCUGCCUUCGCGAGGGAGGCGGGAGUGAGCAGAAAGGCUUAGGGCCCAGGGGGCGGGGAAGGGGGGCCGGGCCUGGAUCCGGCGGGGAGGCCGAGCCGGAGGCCGGACCGUGGCUCGCGCUGUCCCCGGGACGCGGAUCGAACGUUGGCGGCGCGGAUCGCACGUCGGCGGCCGGUGGAACGCGGGAGCUGGGCGGCGCGCGGACUGGGGCCAUGGCGUCUGUGCAGGCGUCCCGCCGCCAGUGGUGCUACCUGUGCGACCUGCCCAAGAUGCCGUGGGCCAUGGUGUGGGACUUCAGCGAGGCCGUGUGUCGCGGCUGCGUGAACUUCGAGGGCGCGGACCGCAUCGAACUGCUCAUCGAUGCCGCCCGCCAGCUCAAGCGCAGCCACGUGCUCCCCGAGGGCCGCUCGCCCGGGCCCCCGGCCCUUAAGCACCCGGCCACCAAGGACCUGGCGGCGGCAGCCGCACAGGGGCCCCAGCUGCCGCCCCCGCAGGCCCAGCCCCAGCCGUCAGGGACCGGCGGCGGCGUGUCGGGCCAGGACCGCUAUGACAGGGCCACAUCAUCAGGCCGCCUCCCCCUGCCCUCGCCCGCCCUGGAGUACACUCUGGGGUCCCGCCUGGCCAAUGGGCUGGGCCGUGAGGAGGCCGUGGCUGAGGGGGCGCGAAGGGCCUUGCUUGGCUCCAUGCCUGGCUUGAUGCCCCCUGGGCUGCUGGCAGCUGCAGUGUCUGGCCUGGGAAGCCGAGGCCUGACGCUGGCACCCGGCUUGAGUCCUGCCCGUCCCCUCUUCGGCUCCGAUUUCGAGAAAGAGAAGCAGCAGAGGAAUGCGGACUGUCUGGCAGAACUGAACGAGGCCAUGCGAGGCCGGGCAGAGGAAUGGCACGGGCGCCCCAAAGCAGUGCGGGAACAGCUACUGGCGCUGUCCGCCUGCGCCCCGUUCAAUGUGCGCUUCAAGAAGGAUCACGGGCUGGUGGGGCGAGUGUUCGCCUUCGAUGCUACUGCCCGUCCUCCAGGAUACGAGUUCGAGCUGAAGCUCUUCACCGAAUACCCCUGUGGUUCCGGCAAUGUGUACGCCGGCGUCCUGGCAGUGGCUCGCCAGAUGUUCCACGAUGCUCUGCGGGAGCCGGGCAAGGCACUGGCUUCUUCGGGCUUCAAGUACCUCGAAUAUGAACGCCGGCAUGGAUCAGGAGAAUGGCGGCAGCUGGGCGAGCUGCUUACCGACGGCGUCCGCAGCUUCCGCGAGCCAGCUCCCGCGGAGGCCCUGCCCCAGCAGUACCCAGAGCCGGCCCCUGCGGCUCUCUGUGGCCCACCCCCGCGAGCCCCAUCCCGGAACCUGGCGCCCACGCCGCGCCGUCGCAAGGCAUCCCCCGAGCCGGAGGGCGAGGCGGCUGGGAAGAUGACCACCGAGGAGCAGCAGCAACGGCACUGGGUGGCACCCGGCGGCCCGUACUCCGCUGAGACCCCUGGUGUGCCCUCGCCCAUUGCCGCCCUGAAGAAUGUGGCCGAAGCCCUGGGCCACUCACCCAAGGACCCUGGCGGAGGCGGGGGGCCUGUGCGUGCAGGGGGCGCCAGCCCUGCAGCCUCCUCCACUGCCCAGCCGCCAACCCAGCAUCGCCUUGUGGCCCGCAACGGCGAAGCAGAAGUCAGUCCCACAGCGGGGGCCGAAGCUGUCAGCGGGGGUGGCAGCGGCACUGGGGCGACCCCUGGGGCCCCCCUGUGCUGUACCCUGUGCAGGGAGCGGCUGGAAGACACCCACUUCGUCCAGUGCCCCUCGGUGCCCGGACACAAGUUCUGCUUUCCCUGCUCCCGGGAGUUCAUCAAGGCGCAGGGCCCGGCCGGGGAGGUGUACUGCCCGAGCGGAGACAAGUGCCCGCUGGUCGGCUCCUCCGUGCCCUGGGCCUUCAUGCAGGGCGAGAUCGCCACCAUCCUUGCUGGAGACAUCAAAGUUAAGAAAGAACGGGACCCCUAGGCUACCACUGCCUCCAGGCUACUGCCCUCUGCCCCUUUGCCACCCACCGCUGCCGCGGAUAAAUUAUUCCCUCCCCGACCCAGCCCAGUGCCACCUCUAUCUGUGUACAUACUCCCUUCUUCCACCCAGAUGGGUCCCCUGGGGUAGAUGCAUUGUGGGUGGGGGGAGAAAGCUUGUGGCUCCUGUCCGAGGGGGUGUUUGGGGUCCCUUGGCCCCUCCAGUUUCCCUCUGUCCUCCUUGGCUUGGCUUUGCUGCUGCUUGUAGUUGGGGGAGAGGUGCCCCCCUCCUCCUUGAGAAGGGACCUCCUGAAAACUCGCUCUUUAUAAACGAGGCAAAAGCAUUUAAUUCCCACCCCCCACCCCCCGCUCCCUUCUGCUCCUUCAAUAAACCGAAAGAUGGGUUUUUUUUUUU